GCUUUCGCCAGACCGUCCUAUUCAAAUGUUUCUAGAGCUACUAUCCUUCCGAAUGCAUUACAAAGAAUUCGUACUUUCGAAACACAGAAACUUUCGCAUACAAAGAUGCUUAACACCGCAACCGACUCCAUCAGCACCUAUCAAACUACCCUCAAAACCGCGCCCGUCAUGAAAGCUGUACGCUUCCACGGUCGCGGCGACAUCAGGGUUGAGGAGAUCGAAGAGCCCACCUGUGGCAAAGGACAGGUGAAGAUGCGACCUGCUUUUGUUGGAAUAUGCGGUAGUGACAUACACGAAUACUCUGGAGGCCCUGUUCUGGUCCCCCAAAAACCGCACGGAAUCACCGGGGCCAGCCUCCCGGUAACCCUCGGUCAUGAAUUCAGCGGAAUCGUCGAAGAAGUAGGAGAGGGUGUAACCGAUAUUUCUCCGGGACAACGAGCCGUCGUGCGACCAACCAUCUUCGACCGCAAAUGUCCUUCAUGCAAACUAGGCUAUGAAUACUGUUGUGAGAAUAUUGGCUUCAUCGGACUUUCGGGAUACGGCGGUGGACUAGCAAAACACAUCGUAGCACCGGCAGAACACUUCUAUUCGAUUCCUAAAAAUGUAUCCCUCGAGGCAGCAGCCUUAGUCGAGCCAUUAGCAGUAGCUUGGCACGCCGUGAACAUCUCACCGUUCAAGCCAAACGACAGCGUCUUAGUGCUAGGAGGCGGACCAGUUGGGAUCGGAGUCGUCCAAGUGCUCAAGUUACAAGGGGCAAAAAACGUCAUGGUGGCAGAGUUGACAGAAAAUAGGAAGAAGUUCGCGUCGGAGUAUGGAGCAACGCAUAUUCUAGAUCCACGAGAGGUGGACGUGGCCGCAAAGGUCCGCGAACUGACCAACGGCGUGGGUGCGGAUGUAAUUUUUGACACGGCUGGUGUGGAGGUAGCUCUUAACGGAGCGAUUCGUGCGAGUCGAACACAUGGAACGAUAGUCAACAUUGCUGUGUGGGAGAAACGGCCGGCUCUGCAAGUCAACGAGUUGAUGUAUAGCGAAGUCAACUAUACGGGGUCUGCGCUGUAUGAUGAGAGCGCGUUUGAUAAUGUCAUUCGGGCACUCAGCUAUGGGCAAUUGAAUCCCGAAAGGAUGAUCACAUCGAAAAUCAAGUUGGAUGAAGUUGUGGAAAAAGGAUUCCAGGCCCUGGUGAACAAUCGGGACGCCCACUGCAAGAUCCUAGUUGAUGUACAGGCUUAGAGACUUAUCGGGAUGCAGAUUGUC